AGGGGUUCAAGGAGGGGAGGCAAUUCAACUACCCGAAGAACAACAUUAGCUACACCACGAACAUUCGGUGGUCACCUAACAACUAACACCGAGGUCGACGCUGAACAAUCUGGCCCUGCAAAUCAAGUAGGCUUAAAUAUUGGCGCACCAGAAUUUAUCCCAGGCCAACCGAUACCUGAAAACAACAACAGCUCCGCUAACAAGAAGCAAUCUAAGAGCACUGCUUCUCGAAAAGCCCCCAAGUCUACUGCCGAUGACCUUUCUACGAGAAUCCACGAGGAUAUAAAAAACGGCCAGUACGAAUGCGUGAUAUGCACUAACGAGGUUCUCCCGAAUUCGAACAUCUGGUCUUGCGCUAUUUGUUGGACUGUAGCUCAUUUGGCCUGCGUUAAGAAAUGGUUCGCCAAUAGGGCAAAAACCGACGACGAAGAGCAAAUCAUCUGGAGGUGUCCUGGGUGCAACUCUACCCUGGACAAGCUGCCUGAGUAUCAUUGUUGGUGUGGUAAAGAGCCUAAUCCUAAGUCGAUACCUGGGCUCAAUCCUCAUAGUUGUGGGCAGCCCUGCUUGAAAAGUAGGAAAGGUUGCCUGCAUCUCUGCAAUCUCCCGUGUCAUGCUGGACCCUGUCCGCCGUGCUUAGCUAUGGGACCAACUCAGCCGUGCCGAUGCGGCAGGCAUACGUCUACGAAACUAUGUAGCGACACGGAUUACGAGAACCCUUGGAAUUGUCACGAGAUCUGCGGGGAGCCUCUCGCCUGCGGAGAGCACGUGUGUCAACAGGAAUGCCACUCGGAUUUCUGCGGCGAUUGCGCGAUUCCCGUGCUUUCUCUCUGCUUCUGCGGCCGAGAAUCGAAGGAGGUCCCUUGCAUUCAACGUAUCGACAAACGACCGUCAUACAACUAUGGACAACUCAAAGAUAGCCCUUUGAAGAAUAACGACUUAUCUGACGGUUGGUACUUGGGCUGUUUUAAGUGCGAUUCCAUUUGUGACAGAGCAUUCGACUGCGGAAAGCACCAUUGCGAAAAGGGCUGUCAUCCUCAGGACGUGACUGAAGCACAUUGCCCACUGUCUCCUGAUACGGUCACCCACUGCCCGUGCGGUACAACACUACUAGCAGACUUUAUGAAACAGCCUAGGAAGAAUUGCGAAGAUCCGAUUCCUAGCUGCGGGAAAAAAUGCAACAAGCCACUAUCGUGUGAUCAUCGCUGCGAGGAUGCAUGCCACACAGGUCCCUGCAGACCGUGUACGCAGAGGAUAGAGAUUACUUGCAAAUGCGGCCGAACGACGACGAAAUCUGUCUGCCAUCAAGGGAAUCUCGAAAAACCUGAAUGCAUGAGAAUCUGCCACGUGCAGCUGAACUGCGGGAGACACGAGCAUAGCGAGCGUUGCUGCCCCGCAGAAAAGCAAGCGGCGGAGCGAGUGGCAUUGAGGAAGAAAAGCAGCAGACACGGCGGCCACGCAAACGAGGAAUUCGAACCGGAACAUAUCUGUCUUCGCGCUUGUGGACGAUUGCUAAAAUGCGGCAAACAUCAUUGUGAGCAGUUAUGCCAUAAAGGAGCGUGCGGUUCUUGCCCUGAAGCUAUAUUUGAAGAGAUCAAAUGUCAUUGUGGUCGAACCGUCCUCCAGCCGCCACUCCCCUGCGGUACUCAGCCUCCACCAUGCCGAUUCGACUGCACUAGGCCUCGACCAUGUGGGCACCCCCAGGUAUCCCAUAACUGCCACCUUGAUGAAGAACCAUGUCCAAAGUGCCCAUUUCUCGUCGAGAAGUUUUGCGUCUGUGGGAAGAAAGCCCUCAAAAACCAACCUUGCUGGUUUGAAGAGCCACGUUGUGGUUUACCAUGUGGUCGAAAACUCAAGUGCGGUGCUCACACAUGUGAAAAGACAUGUCAUCGUCUAGGUGAAUGCGAAGAUGCCUCUAUUGCAGGAUCGCGAUGUGGCCAACCUUGCGGGAAGAUUCGGACGUGCGGCCAUUCCGAUGUCGAGCAGUGCCAUGCUCCAUACCCAUGCAAGGAGGACAAACCAUGCCAGGCAAAGACAUUCAUCACUUGCGAAUGUCAACGUAGGAAGCAAGAAGUGAAGUGCAUGGGAACUAAGAAGAACCCAUCGCCCGAUCGUGGAACACUUACAUGCGAUGAUGAGUGUCUCCGAUUGAAGCGAAAUGCUCUCUUAGCAGACGCGCUUAACAUCGAUCCGCAAACUCACACCGAUGACCAUGUCCCUUAUUCCGAGACCACCCUUAAUUUCUAUAGGGAAUACCCCCAAUUCGCGCAGACGUACGAACGAGAAUUUCGAGUGUUUGCCACCGAUCCGGAGCAAAAGUUGCUUAGACUCAAGCCAAUGAAGUCACAUCAACGAGCCUUUAUCCAUUCGCUAGCCGAAGAUUUCGGGUUCGAUAGCCAAAGCGCGGAUCCAGAACCUCAUCGACACGUCUGUCUCUUCAAGACUCCCCGAUUUGUAUCAGCCCCAAUGAAGACGGUGGCGCAAUGCUUGAAGAGUAGGCCUUCACAACCAACUCCAUCUGCACAGUCGACAUCAAGUGGAGAGAGCCUUCUAGGUAAGCAGCCCUUUAACGCGCUACUUCUAUCCGCGCCAAAGUUCGGGUUAACUAUCGAAGAGUUGGACUCUGCCCUUAAGAAACAGUACGCUGCCUUUCCGAAUAUCAAGUUCGAGACGGCUUUUCUACCCGACUCGAUUAUCAUCAAGGGAUCUGGGUCAUGGCGACCACAAGAUCUCGAGUCUACUAUGUCAGCACUUAAACCUGACAUACUACAUACAGUCACAAGCCUAGGAUACGCCGAGGGCGUUACUCUCUGUCAAGUUGAUAACAACUUGAAGGUGUUACGAAACGAGAAGGAAGCGAAGCAGAGUCGAGGCACUGACGAUAAGGGCUGGAGUGCCGUUAUUCGCCGUUCUUCUCGCCCCAACCCUAGUGCCACCCCGGCUUCCAAGCCACUAGCAGUGCGCAACACGUUCAUCGCCCUGAAGAAGAAGACACCGAAGAAAGAGGAGAAGAAACCUGUGGAGGAGGAAGUUGAAGAUUGGGAAGAGGCGGCGGAGAAGUUGGGCGACGACUAGUAAGAACUUUACCACUCUACUUAUUCUAAGGCAUAGCCGAGGCGUUUUGCGUAGCACGGCAUGUUGCAUAUGAUUCAAGGGAAGGCCACGGUUGACGGUCAUGAUUAAUUGCUUUGCUUUGCUUGUGCUGGAAGGUGACGGAGGGGAGUGUUCGACUACGAGCGGUCGAACGGUAUUGCAUCAGAUCCUCAAUGGACUGCAAUUUUUUGGUAAAUAGGGAAAUCCUAUAGUAACACGUUGACUUUCAAAUCA